CCUACUUCACCUACUCCGACAUUUCUAGUUGCGAAGGCGCGCCGACAUUGCCCAUCGCCCCGCUUCGAUGCGGUCGUGAAAGGAAGUUCUAACCUGCACAAUGACCGCAAGUUCAUGAAAGAGCAUCCACCUCCCAGGCAGCCGAAAGAGCUAUUUCACUUUUCAACAGGACCAACCUUGCCCUAGCCUCCUUCUGCAACAGCACCAUAUAGGAGGAUAGAGCUUGGGUUGAUACGGCCUGUCUAACCCACCUCCCCCACUUUACCUGGACGCAAAGUCACCCUCCACUGUCUAACCCAGUUACCGAGAGUCGCGAAAAUGAUAUCCCUCCCGGGUCUGAACCUCGGCGCUCAACCUACCGAACCUCUUCUCAACCUUCCGACUUCGACCGUAACACGGACCCAAGACCUCGCCGCAAAUACCGAGUACCGCUUCGAAGUCAGCUUCACCCGCAGCCUCACAAUCAAGCUUCUGUCGGGAACUGCAGAGUUCUUCGGUACUGAGCUCGCGCCCUCCAAUACCUACACCUUUCAGGGCACAAAAGGCGCCGUCUUUACAUGGCACGGUUGCAGGCUCGAAAUCGGAGGGGAUGCUGAAAGCGAAUACGUCGCGGAAGAGACGCAGAUGAUGAGCUGCGCGAACGCACAUUUUGCGCUGGAGAUGCUGAGGGAUAAGAGUGCACAGAGCGGAAAGUUGGGACCGAGAAUACUCGUGGUAGGGCCCGAGAAUGCUGGCAAGACAUCUCUCGUCAGGAUUUUGACCGCGUAUGCUGUGAAAACCGGGCGGCAGCCUAUGGUGGUCAAUCUGGAUCCGCGACAGGGCAUGCUAUCUGUGCCAGGCUCGCUGACGGCAGCAGCAUUCUCCUCGAUCGUGGAUAUCGAGGACGGAUGGGGAAGCAGUCCAAUAUCAGGGCCAAGCCCAAUACCAGUCAAAAUGCCGCUGGUUUACCAUUACGGGCUGAAGGAUCCAGAAGAGGGCAAGCUGUUCAAGCCUCUGGUGACGCGCAUGGCGCUAGCUGUGACGAGCAGACUGGAGGAGGACAAGGCGAGCAAACACUCAGGCUUCAUCAUAGACAGCCCUGGCGGUAUUAGUCAGGGGAGAGGAGGGGUCUACGAGAACAUAGAGCAUAUAAUAUCCGAGUUUUCUGUCAACGUUCUCUUUGUCCUCGGCUCUGAACGCCUCUACUCCGACCUCUCUCGCAGAUACUCCAGCCGCGCUGCCGAAGAACCUGUCCAUGUUAUCCGUCUCGACAAAUCCGGCGGCUGCGUCGACCGAACAGAAGACUACAUGAAAGCCCUCCGACACGCCCAAAUACGCUCCUACUUCUUCGGCCACGGCGAAAACUCACUCGCCCCAACUAGCCAAACAGCUGACUUCGGCGACCUGAGCAUCUUCAAAAUCAUCGAAGGCUCAAACGAGAACCCCGAAUUCCGCCCUGGCGACGACGACGACGAGGUCUACGGCUCCUCGAGCGAGAUAUACGAGAAAGUCACGCCGUCGCCUAUGAUGGUGAACUCGCUGCUGGCGAUUACGUCGGCGUCCGCGGGAGACAAGCAGGAUGUGAUAAGGGAUUCCAGCGUCAAGGGGUAUAUGUAUGUGGCGGAUAUUGAUGAGGCGAAGAAGAGGGUGAAGCUGCUGAGUCCGCAGCCGGGACAGGUUCCGGGGAAUGCUAUGGUGUUGGGGAGUUUUCCGGAGGAUGUGCCGGGCUUGGUGAGCUAAAAGCAUCACAUCAAAAAAUGGCGGCACCAACGGGUUCGGAGUCAGAUGGGCGGGUUAGAAUCUUUCAAGGUUUGGCAAUGAUUUGUAUACUAGAGGGUAUCUAGCGGUCUACCUUGUCUACCGCAAUCCAG